GACAGAGGGGAAAAAAACAGCUGGAUCCAAGGAUCAGUGCUGCUAGCGACUCAGCUAGCUGUAUCACCCCAUCAAGCUAGCUCUUUUUCCUCGGCUGCCUGACUUCCCUAAGCUGGUGGUGAGGCUGAUGAUGAGGUGUGAAGAUGGAAGCUCCUGAAUACCUGGACCUGGAUGAGAUCGACUUCUCUGAUGAUUCAGUGUAUUCCGUGACGUCCCUGAAGAGCAUCCCAGAAUUAUCCAGAAGGAGUGAUGGCUCAGCCGAGGAGAGACCAGCUCCAGCCAUCAACUGGAGUCGCAGCGUUUCCUCCCUCAGCAGCGGGGGAAUCAAACCCACGGGGCUCGCUGAGGUCCACAGUAAGUUCCGGCCGGUGAAGAGGGUCUCUCCUCUCAAACACCAACCAGAGACCAGCGACUGCGACUCAGAGGGGAAAGUCCAGAGCCAGGGUCUGGGCGAGGAGGGGGAGGCCAGUAAGGAUGACCCCAACUCUGACAAACCCACCCACGCCUCCACCUCCUCUGAGGGUCCGGGGGGGAAGGAGGACGGCGGCUGCGGGGGAGUGGUCGGAGGGAACAACCCCGGGGCUCUAUUCGGGGAGCUGGAGCACUACGACCUGGACAUGGACGAGAUCCUGGACGUGCCGUACAUCAAGUCCAGUCAGCAGAUGUCCACGCUGCCUCGCGUCCCCCACGACAAGCGCUCGGUGACGGGGAGCAACCUGGGUGGAGGCACCCUGGGCGGUGGCACCCUGGGCGGAGGCACCCUGGGCGGAGGCACCCUGGGCGGAGGCACCCUGGGCGGUGGCACCCUGGAGAGGACCCGGGGAGGGGGGCUGAAGAGCUCCACUUUACCCCACAAUGAGCCUCUGAGUCUGGGCAGCAGCUCACAAACUCCGUAUUGUGUCCUGUCUCCGGUGAAGUGGUCCGACCUCAGGAAGUCCAAGUCGAUGGAUCCAGACCUCCACCACCUCCACCGCCCCCCCGCUGGAGGAGGCUACCAGUCGGAGCUGGUCUCCUCCGGGAUCCUCAGCUGCUCCUCCUCCCUCUCUUCUUUCUCCGAUGCAGACAAGCUGUUGUCUGCGCGGGUCUACCCGGACUCCCAGAGCCAGAGACAGAGCGUAGAUCCUCCAGGUGGGGGCCCGGGGAUGAUGUUCCCCUUGCCAGGGUGCAGCGUGGGCCGGCAGGACGCCUCCAUGCCCUGGGCUCCUGGAUCAGGAGGGGGGGGAGGCGGAGGCAGCGGGGGGCCAAGGGGGUUCGGAGCAGGAGGCGAGGUGGACGAGGAGACCAAGAAGAACCAGAACAUCAUCAACAUCGUCAGAGAGGGACAGAUGUCUCUGCUGCCUCACCUGGCGGCGGACAACCUGGAGCUGAUCCGAGACGAGGAAGGGAACAACCUGCUGCACGUCUCCGCCUGCCAGGGUCACGCUGACUGUCUGCAGCAUCUCACCUCUCUGAUGGGGGAGGACAGCCUCAACGAGCGCAACAACCAGCAGCUCACCCCGGCUGGUCUGGGAGUCAAGAACGGUCAUCUGGAGUGUGUGAGGUGGAUGGUGAGUGAGACGGAGGCCAUCGCAGAGCUGAGCUGCACCAGAGAACAUCCCAGUCUGAUCCACUACUCUGCUCGAUAUGGACAGGAGAAAGUGUUGCUGUGGCUGCUUCAGUUCAUGCAGGAGCAGGCCAUCUCUCUGGACGAAGUGGACCAGAACGGGAACAGUGCGGUCCACGUGGCCGCUCAGUACGGACACCUCACCUGCAUACAGACCCUGGUGGAGUACGGCUCCAACGUGACGUUCCAGAACCAGCAGGGGGAGCGGGCCUCCCAGAGUGCCGAGCGGCAGGGACACACCACCUGCGCUCGCUACCUGGUCGUCGUGGAAACAUGCAUGUCGUUGGCAUCGCAGGUUGUUAAGCUCACCAAACAGCUCAAUGAACAGGCAACAGACAGGAUCACUCUACAGAAACAACUGCAGGGACUGAUGGACCCCAACAAGACAGAGGGUUCACCUUCAAGAUCACCCAGCUCCCAUCAGCCCUCAGUGGAGGCGUGGCCGGAGAUGAUGCUGACAGCAGAGGGGACUCCAGGUGACGGUUGGUUGGUUCGUCAGGGAGGGGUGGGCCCAGACCCCGUGCUGCGGCAGCUGCUGGGGAAGGACACGCUGGGUCCCAGGGAGAGGCUGCCUCCGGCGGGGGGCCCCGUGGCCCCUGGGGCCCGCAGGCCGGGGCUCGUGGAGAGGAGAGAGCUCAAACUAGCCAGACUCAAGCAGAUCAUGCAGCGCUCUCUGAGCGAAUCAGAUUCAGACGGUUAUCCACCAGAGGAAGGUAAAACUCAAGACGCCUCUGCCUCAAACACACUGCGACCUGAUAGGCCGUCCCACCUGCCAAUCACAGAGGAGGAGCCAGCGCCAACCCAACUUACCCUGACGAAUAGGAAGCCCCUCCCCUCCUCCUCGUCUUUCUCUUCCACAGCUGAGAGGAAGCUGGCGUUUACUCUCAGCGGGUCCAAGUCAGCGGAUAGCGUCGGAGUCAACCCCUCCCCCACCUCCAGCGACCCCGAGGCGGCCGACGGUAAAACUCCAGAUGCUCCCGUCGACCUCCACGACGGCGCUAACGGGCAGAAGGUUGCCACCAGCCCCAAGAGCGCCCUGAAGUCGCCCUCGUCUCGCAGGAAGACGUCUCAAAACCUCAAACUGAGGGUCACCUUCGACGAGCAGGUGCACAAGAGCACCACUCAGGAGGCAGAGCAGACCAAAGGGCAUCAUGGGAAGGAGAGGACUCCAACAGGAAGCUCUGAAAGCAAGCGGUCGUUCGGGGCGUUCCGCUCCAUCAUGGAGACUCUGAGCGGAAACACAAACCACAACAACAACAACAGUCAGCCAGGCUCCACCUGUCAGAACUCACCCGGCAGGAAGUCAGAGAGUAAAGGCAGCCCAGCAGGAGGGGGGGGGGCCCGGGGCAAGAGCAAAACCAGUAAUGUUUAACUAACCAGUGCCCCCUGAAGGACAGAGAGCACAUAGCAAACAAAACACAGCACAGAGCACACAGAGAGAGGCAGCCAACAUGAGAAAUGUAUCGUGAGUAACCUAAAGUAGGGUGUCCUUUUUUCUGUUUCAUCAAAAUUGAACACGCGUACUGAACACUUUCACUAACAAACAUGGCAGGAAUCAGCAGAACUUAAUAGCACAUAUAUCUUUAAUGUCCAUAGAAGGAUAAACGUCUAUAAAUCCAUUUAGAAAUUGGAUGAAAUAAUACAAUUCUAAAAAAAGUUUGGAUGUAUUCCACAGCUAAGACACUAGUCAACUUGUUAAAAAAUGAGGUCCUAUUUAUUUUCCUCACCACUCCUAACCGAGAAAUGUCACUGGUCAAGGAAAGAAUAAGAAGGAGAAUUCAUCAGGAUUUAGGAAAAGAAAAUGUGGGUGGUGAGAGAAUCCGACUGGGCGGCGUGUUCAGGAUGCUGAUUAGCUGAAGUCCGUUUUACACUUUAUAUAUUAUACACUAUAUAUCUGGUAUAUUGAAACUACACGCCGAUUAGGAAAUCGGUCUUUUGGUAAUUUAUCACCGAUAAAAUUAAAUCAAUACAUUUCAUUUCACUUCGACUUAAAAGUCAAUUAGUGAAGGUGACUUUUCGAUGAAGACCAUUAAAAGUUCAAAUGUUCAUCUUAAAUCCGGGUAAACAACAUUUGUUCUCUUUUACCCAUAAUCCCCCCACAUUACUUCCUCAAACAUACUUGAUUAUAUACUAAAUAUUUCCUUAAAAAGGUUUCAGGCAACUUUUUGAAUAAAAAAACCUUUACUCAAGGUCCACUGACGAGCUUUUUAUAGAUCUUGUCUUUCCAAGAAAUCGUUUGAGUUAGGAUUAUUUCACUUUCACACUCUUAUGAACAGUUUAAAGUGAAUUGUUAUUUGUUUCAGUUUGCUUACCAUACGUUUCUCAUGUUCUUUGCUUCCUAUGUUUGACUCUUGAUGUUUUUUCUACAGUUUAAGACAAACAAAGCUGUUGCUGUUUGUUUUCUUGUUCACAUGCGUUGAAUCGCUACAAAGUGAAUAAGAAGAACAUAAUAAUGUGUUUUAAUGAUACUGAAGCAAUUGCUUUUAUUGAAGGACUGAAAAAAGUUGGAGUAUUAAUCAGCGUCCUGUAGAAAUCUCACAUCAGCAAAAAAAAUACUUUCAUACAUUUUGAAUUUCUUCACAUUUAAGGUUACAUUGGUUUACUUAAACUAAAAGGUGUCAAAUGUUUUCUAAACAGAAAGCAAAGUUACUCUGAACUCCACUAAAUAUGAAGUAUUAGUAUUUAUGUUUAUGCACACCUAUGAUUUGUUAUAAUUGUGCACCUGGUUAACGUGCACCAGCACAAAUAGUUUUAAAACCACUGUAUAUAAAGUAGUAUUUAAUUUUCCUUUGCAUCAUAUUCCAAAAUUAUUUUUUUUAUUUUCAUGGGUAUUAUCUAUGCAGUAUUUUUGGCAUGAAGUGGACUUUACUUGUGUGAUGUGUUUGAGACUGGGAGGUUUAAGGAUGCACCUUCUAGCGGCAGACAAACGGCAGACCUUAUGAACUUUAAGAGACAGAAGUUGAUCAUUCCAACUCCAGAGAUUUUAAACUCCUGACAAACUUUCCCGAAGCUUAAAACCUGACAACUGGGGCUGUUUCAGUGUGGCAAUACUUGGUAGCUGGAAUUACGAUAUUAAUUGUAAAUAACUAAAUAAUGUGGGUACCCAUCACAAGUUUGAGAGAUUUUCACGUUUUGUACUACGACAAAAAAUACGUCAGUAAUUAAUCUACUCGUGAAUCUCUGCUAACAAGUGGCUAAAUGAGACUACUUAACGGGGAGGAACGUUAGCCAUCUUUAGCUUAGCGGGAGUGACAUGAAUUUAUUAUUUAUUAUGACAUUAUUUCUGGCUAUUGCAUUUACGCUGCAACUAUUUUAAAGAAGUGAUGUUAAUAUGUUCAGAUUAUCCUGCCAAACAAAAUGUGUUAGUAUUGAGACUCUUAAGCCUUACUAGCAGCUUCAAGAGGAAGCAACCUCAAAGUUUACCAGGGUAGGACGGAACUGUUCUGUUCAGCAGGAUAAUCCCCACAUAUCGCGAUUGCCAGAAGUAAAAACCUAAUGUUAGGCAACAUUACGGUCACAUUUCGUCACGUAAACACCGCUAAGCUAAAGGCUGCUAAUGUUUGGGGUGAUGACGUUUAGUUGUCUCAUUUAGUCACUUGUUUAUUAAAAUGAUAAAUGAUACAAAUACAGAAUUCAGCCUUGGCUCUCUGUUGCUUUGGUAGAACCUGGAUCUCACCUGUUAUGUGUAGUUUCCAUGUUUAGGGUUGAUGCAAAUACUGUUUUUGGUUCCGAUGCAGCGGAAUACUUCUCAUUGCUUAGAGCUGUGAGACUCUGGUGUGUUUUCUACUCAGAUUUAUUUCUAGCUUUACACAAUCUUUGGCUGUUGAGGUUAUGAUGGUGGAUAUUUUUGAGGCAGUGGAUUCUGGGAGGAUUUCCUGCAUCCGCUUUGCUGGUUCUGACUUUUUAAAGGUACAGUCCAACAUAAAAAGGUUGGCAGCUUCAUCUGUACAUUUGAAUGAUUAAGUGAAGAAAGAGAACGUGGGAUUUCUUAUUCGGUUAAGACUUAAGCCAUUUGUUAGUUGGUUAAAUGUGAGGGUCUUUGAAGGUUCCUGGAAAUAAGGAUGAUUUGUUACCUUCCAAAUGAUGCAUCCAGUUAUUUCAUUCCAAUAAAUAUAAUGGCUUGCAAAUAAUACAUAAUAUAUUUCCAAAUGUAAUAAUAUUACUAAAUAUGAACUUGGUUUUAAAUGGAUCCUUUCAACUUAUAAUUCAUAUUUCAACAUAGCUAGCUAAAAUAAUUUGCCUAUAUUUUUCUUCAUAAUCGGUUCUUUCCAAGGAAACUGAGUGUUGCCAAACUUUUUUAGGGAAGUUUUCCAGACUCCAUUGCCUCGGAAUCAAGUUCGCUGCCAAAACAAUCAGUGUUAUGUCUAUGGGUUUAUUUGUGUCUGUGAGCUUGUAUUUAAAAUGCAGUUUAUUUUAUUCACAGUUUCUUUAUUUCAAGCAUUCCUUCAGGAGGAGGAAGGCAUCUCUGCAUUGUUCUAACAGAAACAAACUGAACUCGUCCUCUCUGUUUUCGGUUUACUAUGAACUCUUGAGACGGACAGUGGUGCUGCAUUCUUUCAGAACAAAACGACGCAAUAUCAGUGAAGGUCCGAGGAGACUGUCCGAUGUGAACUUAAUGUGCGAUCCUAAGAAGUGAAAAAGAAGCUGAACGAGUGGGACAAUGUUUCAAGAACAUUGGAAUUAAGAUUUGUAAUCACAUUGACUUUUCUUGACCAUCCACUGAUGUUUCUUUUUGUACAGAAUGACGGACAUUUGUUAUUUGACAUUAAAGCACCACACAGGUGUUUUGCAUCUUUU